CACGGAGACGCAAGUGUUGACACGCCACCGGAGAGCUGGACAGCUGCGGGGCGGUUUCUCUCCUCCUCUGGGAGAAUCACGAUUGUUUUUAAAAAAUAAAAUCAAUUUUAAAACAUUUACACUCACUAUUUUACACUUUUUUUAAUCUUUCGAUUUAAAGAAAGACGCGUUAAUCUGCUUCCGAGUCCCACUCCGACCUCGUUAUUCUCCUGAUUGGUGCGGUUUAUUUGAUUGAUUGAGUUGUUUGGAUUGACUUGAACUCCGACUUGAUUCCUGAAGAUCUGUGCCAUGGAGAGGAGAAAUCUCCCGGACAGAGAUGUGCUGUGUUUAUUCGAUGUGGACGGAACACUGACUCUACCGAGAGAGAAGAUCGACCCUCAACUGGAUGCAUUUUUUCAGUCGCUGCGUUCUAAAGUGAAGAUCGGCAUAGUGGGCGGGUCUGACUACUCCAAAAUCGCAGAGCAGCUCGGAGAAGGAGACGACGUUAUACACAAGUUUGACUACGUGUUUGCUGAAAACGGCACGGUGCAAUACAAAGAUGGCCGACUGCUGUCCAAACAGGCCAUUCAAAACCAGCUUGGUGAAGAGCUGCUACAGGAUCUGAUUAACUUCUGUCUCAGAUACAUGGGUCUGAUCAAACUCCCUAAGAAACGAGGCACCUUCAUCGAGUUUCGUAACGGGAUGCUGAACAUCUCGCCUGUCGGACGGAGCUGCACGCUGGAGGAGCGAAUCGAAUUUGCAGAAAUCGAUAAGAAAGAGAAGAUCAGGGAGAAGUUUGUUGCUGCUCUGCAGAAGGAGUUUGCUGGAAAAGGGCUCAGGUUCACCCGAGGGGGACUGAUCAGCUUCGAUAUAUUCCCCGAGGGCUGGGAUAAGCGUUUGUGUCUGGAUGUUCUGGAGCAAGAGGGACUCAGCACCAUCUACUUCUUUGGAAAUGAAACUUCACUAGGUGGAAAUGAUUAUGAGAUCUUUGAGGAUCCUCGCACCAUCGGGUUCACCGUGUACUCACCGAAGGAUACAGUGAGGCUCUGCCAAGAACUGUUCUUUACCACACCGCCUAAUGAAGCUUGAUACACUCACACACACACACACACACUCACACACACUCACACUCACUCGCUCACAGCCUGACUGUGUGUCACUGCCCCCUCUGCUGUUCAGCCUGGGUAACUGCAGUGAGCGCAGGGCCGUGUGGUGUUGAACUGGACCACAGACUCUAAUGAUUUGGGUGAAAGCUCCUACAGGUACUACUGAUAACUCUCUACAGUGUAGCUACAUGGACUGUUUAACAAUGUGCAAUGUGCCAGACGACAGAGCGUCCUAAUCUUCAGACUGAUCAAACCUUCUAAUCUUCACCCUCACUCUUCAGACUGAUCAAACGUCGUGACAGAUGACCUUUUUGUGUUUUAUGAUUUUUUUCCGUGAACUUUCUGCUGCUUGUAUUUUUUUUUUCUCCUGCACUUUGACACUCAGGCAGUGCUCUCGCAGUUCCCCCUAUACUACAGUACAGACCAUAUCGCCCCCUACUGGGUAAACGAAGAAUCCGCAGUCAGUCUGUUAAACUGUCCGGACGCACGCUGCGCUCUCAGAAGAAGGGUGUGGUCUCUUGGGUGGUCUGUUUAUCUUCCGUAUCUUUAACACGCAUCUUCCACCUAGAAUCAUGGAUGCAGUGUAUUUUUAAACAAGGGUUUAAGGAAAACUAAACACAACGUCCUGGGUCAGUGGUGUCCGAUCUUAUCCGCAGAGGGCCAGUGUGGGCGCGGGUUUUCAUUCUAGUCUAGCAGCACCUGAUUCCACUUGUUUAAAUCAGUUGAUCUUGGCUUUCACUUGACUUUCCGGAUAUGUCUAGACACCCCUGUCUGAGGUGUCCUAGGUGCUGAUGGUAUGGUUGAUCAGAACACCCUAGCAACAAGAAAAGUUUCAGAUUGACCCCCUUUUUUUCUGGGAGUGUACUCGUUUGCACCCUGAUUUGAUCCUUUUCAAGCAAGCGCAUGGAUGAUCUUUAAUAUCAGUGGUCACCAACCCGGUUCCUGGAGAUCCACCUUCCUGAAGACUUCAGCUCCGUAAUGGUGCCCACCUGACAGUUCUUAAUCAGCUUAAUCAGCUUAAUCAGAGUUAGAUUUUGGUUGGAGACGAAACCUGCAGGAACGGAGAUCUCCAGGAAAGGAAGAGUGUUGGUGACCACUGCUCUUCAGCCUUCUGAUCUCGCUUCAGACUAAUAGGAGGCCUUGUGAUCUUAGACGUUGGAUUGGAUUUUUAGGACUGAAAACAUACACAAAUCAUACACGUACGAGAUACGUGUCGGUGUGAUAGGAAUGGACCGAUCACAGGAAACGGUCAGUGACUGCUCUGAGAAGGAACGAGGCAAACGAAGGAACGUCUAAACACUCCGUGGACCAUAGAGACAUUGGACGAGGUCCGCGGAGGCACGGAAACGUUCACUGAGGCGCUGUUCGUCUUGCAUCGUCUUUAAUUGCGUCCCGUGACGACCGCGUCGUAUUGCUUUCCCAGAGAAUCAGGAUCCGGAGGAUUUUUGCUGUCUUUAUGUUGUGAAGAACGUCAGAUAUUUGCCUGAUCAGCACUCGUUACAAGUCGUGUAGAGUACGGUUAGGUUAAAGCGUCUGAGUCUCAGGACUGAUUUGGGAUCAGAUCAAGAGCCAGUAAGCUAAACUGGUCCAGAAAAAGCACUUUAACAGUUUCAUCUCACUGUAAAAAAACAAACAAACAAACAAAAACACACCCGGACAGUGACUUUCAGGACGAGACGAGUCUUAUUUUACCUGCAAGACCGACCCAAAGUGUUCAACGUUCUCCCAGACCAUGACACGUCUGGCUGAAAAGCAGAACCAACCAGAAUGUAUUACGUGUUUGUUUGGUUGUAAUGUAUUUUAUUUUCAAAGAGAAUCUGGGUAUGGCUUCCCGCAGUAUUAAAGCCAGUGAAGGGACUAAUAUGAAAAAAAAAAAGACUAAUAUUUGGUCCACGAUGUAUAAAAUAAGAUUUACAAUGAAUGUAUGACUGGAAUGAAUCCUGUUGUAGAUUAUGAAACUAAUUUUAGCGUUUGGAAUGAAGCGCACGUAACACGAUGACCCUCGUUCAGCAAAGUUUUGACAUACGGACAAAUCUAGGUACGGUUCGUCACGCCGCUGUAACAGUAACAGCGAUUUGAGCGAACGAUGGACGGUGACAAGCCCCGCCCACCAGUCCUUUAUUUACCCGUCAUAUUCAUAACACACACCCUAAAUUACACACGCUUAUUAUCCAUCUAAUUGACAUGAGACACCAUGCAGGUUAAACGAACGAGUCGUGACGGUGCGCCAAUAAAAGGAAAGCGUUAAGCAUUAUAUCCAAGAUCCCAGGUAUACGGGGGUGGGGGGAUACAGUUCAGUUAAACUGAAACGCUGAUAAAGCGUUCGAUCGUACAGACAGACCAACAGUGAACCUGACGAAUAAGGACACAAAUCCGUGUGUGUUAUUUUUUUUAACACCGUUUGACGAUACACAACUUUUGUUGAAUAAUGGCUGAAGGGUUUAAAGGAGCAGUCUGGGGAAAAGAAAAAAGAAAAAGAAAUGUAUAUACUGUUUAUCCUCACCUCAGAUGUAGUCGACCAAUCAAGGCUAAUCAUGCUAACAAGUAAUGGAAGUUUGUGUUAUUUGUUGGAACUUUCCCGUUUAGCUAUGUCUACAUUAUUAUGUCUAGGUAUGAGGUAAAGGAAAUGAUGUCAUGUUUCAUUUAAGGUGCGUUUUACACAUCUGUAUAAGACGACAUAUCAGUGUACGAUCUCCCCGAACGGAACUGUUUUCUGUAAUAGCUGUGUCGGUUUAUGUAUGUGGUCAAGCUUCGAGAAUAAUUUUUUUAAAACUUUUAAUUCUUGUUAUUUAAGAAGACUGUACAGAAAUAACGGAGUGCGUGUCGGAUACGUGAAAGAGAAAAGAAAAUCAGAUCUGCAUGUGUAGUAGCCUUGCUUUAAUGCGUUUUAUGUGGGGAUUGAGAACGAAGAGAUUCUGUACCGUACUGUAAUGGAAUUCAUGUCUUUUAUCCCAGCAGUCUUAACACUCCUAUAGGAGGAUGCAUGAGGUCAAGCACCUACACCCACUGAGCUGUGAUCCGUGUGUGUUUGGAGCUGUAGAUAGGAAAUGAACUGAUCUCAGAUCAGCAGUCCAGUCCUGAGAUAACUAUGGGGUAGUGCUUUUGAUUUUCAUGGUACGUGUUCAUUUUUAACAUUACUGCAAUGCACCAUUGUUGUAAUAAAUCUUUCAAGUAAA